UAAAUGUGGGACAACUGUCUUGAACAGCUGAGAGUAACUGGUCCAUCUGUCUGACACAGAAAAACAAAAACAAUGAGAGGAAACCUACUACAGGUAUUUUGUUUGUUGGGAGUCAUAUUGGGGUUCGGCUUUGGGUUUCUGCUGAGGGCUACAACUGUUAUAACUGAAAAAUUAAAAGAAUGGAUAGGUAUACCAGGGGAAGGGCUUCUAAACUUGCUUAAGAUGUUUGCUGUAUCCCUUAUCGUGACAAGCGUGCUUUCAGGAGUAACUGGAUUAAACACCAAAAUGUCCCGGAAAACAGCCAUCAUCACAGGAACCUUCAUCUGUGGUUCUACCUUCAUAGUCGUAAUUCUUGCAAUGCUUCUGACUCUCACAAUCCAGCCUGGUGGGGAAGAUCAUGAAGUAAGCAAUUCAGAAGAGGAGUUGUCAACCUUCGUCUUGCAUGUGAUCAUGCAGGAUUUUAUAAGGAACAUGGUUCCAGAGAACUUCUUUCAGGCUUUCUAUGAGCAGUACAAGACUGAGAUUGUUCAGAUUAAAAGAAAAGAACCUGGCCUCUUACUUGAUCCAACACAGAAUGUCACUGAGACGAAACUAGUUGGCAAGUAUGUUGAAAGACCCAACAUGUUAGGACUGGUCAUCUGGUCAUUCGUCAUCGGCAUCUUAUUAAACAGGAUUGGACACGAGGCAAGAAGCACUGUGGAGGCCAUUCAUUGGAUCAAUGAUGCCAUAAAAGUUAUGCUCAACUGGGUCUUGUGGUACUUACCAAUUGGAGUUUUGUUCCUGAUCGCAGAACAUGUGUUGGAUGUGCCUGACUGGGCUGCUGUCCUUAAACUCACAAAGUUUGUAGGAGUGGUUGCUGCAGGAACUCGAACAUCCUGGAGGUGGUGGGGGACAUGGAGUCUGAGGACCAUGUUCCAUGCCUCCAGAGCUGAAGAGCUGUGGCAAGUUUGGGCCUGUUGUGGUGGCAACCUGUGGGACUCGGAAGCCAGGCUGAAGAAGUCCCAUUGGGCCGGCCUGUGGGACUCGGAAGCAGCUGAUGGGCAUGGCGGGCAUGUGGCCCGGGUGGUUGCUAAGGCAAAAACUAGGGAGUGGGAGGAGUUUGGAGAGACCAUGGAGAAAGACUUCUAUAUGGCUACAAGCGCCGCCGCUCUGCCCGUCACCUUGCAAUGCUGUGAAGAGAAGGUGAAGAUCGAUAAGAAACUCUGCCGCCUUAUGUUGCCAAUUGUCACCGGCAUCAAUAGAACUGGAAUGACGCUCUAUGAAGUGACCGCUACCAUCUUUAUUGCCCAACUUUAUGAUAUCACGCUGAGUGUCGGCCAGCUAAUCGCCAUUGGGUAA